AUGAGUUUAUUUCGAGUCAGGUUGAAUUGCAUCGAUCAUUAUCAGGCGGCCCCAACUCGUUAUGAUCCUCAACUCCGAAAUGACGUUCGUGCAUCACAGGUAGUCAAAGGCCCCAAGGUUCCUGUCGUACGGAUAUUCGGCUCUACAGAAACCGGACAGAAAGUUUGCGCUCAUGUCCAUGGCGCAUUCCCUUACUUAUAUGUGGAAUAUGACGGGGACUUGAGUCCGUCUGAAGUUGGAGCAUACAUCUACCGCUUGCAUCUAUCGAUUGAUCACGCUCUAGCUGUAAGCUAUAGGCGAGAUCAAUAUGGAGAUAAUGCCAAGUUUGUUGCGCGGAUAACCCUGGUCAAGGGCGUACCAUUCUAUGGUUUUCAUGUUGGCUACCGGUUUUUCCUCAAAAUAUACAUGUUCAACCCCAUCGUCAUGACGAGGCUGGCAGAUUUACUGCAUCAAGGCGUUAUUAUGAAGCGGAAAUUCCAGCCCUAUGAAGCUCACUUGCAGUAUCUACUACAGUUCAUGGUGGAUUACAACUUGUAUGGGUGUGACUACCUGGACUCAUCUAAGACAGCGUUCCGAUCCCCUGUACCCGAAUAUGACCCUGGAUCAAACUCUUCUCACCUGUGGCAUAGUCAGUCGGUGUUACCUGACAGCAUCACUGAUGACCCGUCUUUGCCCCGAGUCAGCCAUUGCUCUAUUGAGGUAGAUAUUUGUGUGCAACACAUCACGAAUCGCAAAAUGGUCAAGGAGAGGCAACUGCAUCAUGAUUUCAUUGAGCGAUCUUCUCCUAUACCGGCAGAUUUAAAGCUUGUUUAUAGUAUGGCUGGACUGUGGAAGGAUGAGACCAAGCGUCGGCAACGUCAAAUGCCGCGAGGCAAACAAGGCCAAAGCCCUUUCCCUGUAGAUGUUUUGGUCAGUAUGUCUGCUGAUGCUAGGCAGACUGAGCCACAGGGUUGGAUUCACGAAGAUGAAUACUUGGAACAAAUCAACAAACUAGUCAACUUGGAGCUUGCUGAGUUUGAUGGCCAGGAUCCGAAGUUCGAAGACUUUGCAAUGCAGACAGAUCCCAACGAAGAGGUCCACACCGCUCUGGAGUCGGUUGAAGACUUAUUUCCAAACAACCUUAUGCCUGCACUUGGUCUCCCGUCGAACAUGACGCAAUCGACCGGAGAACCACCUGCCAGUAGUAUUGAAGUCGAUGAGAAAAAGAUUCUUCAAGAACUGGUACCUGACGAUGAGUUUUUUCCGGAGGACUCGGAUGAAGAAGUGCUAAGGGACCUUACCCUUAUGGGCCGCGGUGAUGAGGACGGUAUGGAACAAGGUGUGACAGACCUCGACCCAACCAAUGGCGAUACCUCUUCCACUGCAGCAAAGCCACUGCAAUCAUCGUCACAUCUAAUACCCGGCCUCUGUCUCAGCGUUCUUAAGACCGGAUCACUUCCCGUUAUGCCCAUUUCACAAGAACUGCUUGACGCCGCCGAGGAUGAGGGACUAGUAGGAAGGGCUCCAACAGUCAAAGCCUUGCGGUCCCAGCAUCUGAUUGCCCGCAAGCGCCAGGGGUCGGUUGUGUCACCUACCAGCAGCCCGCAGAAGCGAUUGAGAUAUCACAAUGCCACCCCACCGCCACUGGCAAAGCAGGACGGAGACGGCACGGCCAAUUUGGCCAAGUCGAGCCGUUUUAGGCCGCCCAACCAACGGCAUUCACAGCCUGUGUCUCUCAAAAAAGGGUCCAGAACAUCACAUCAAGAUGCCCUCGCUACGCCAAACAAGACUCUGAAUGAUGUCGGUAUGAAAGAUCAGAGCGAGGAUAGUCUGAAAAUCCACCCUAGUCAACGCAGUCAACGGAGUCAGCUCUCAUCUGAGCAGAGCGAUGCCGGCAAAAUGACCAAGGCCGUCUCCUUUGACCAGACUGCGCAUGGCAUUUCUAGUAAAGCUGUUUAUCCCCAGCUAGGAAUGCCUUCUCCAAUCCCCAUGUCUAGUCUUUCUGAAAAUGAAGAUGAAGCGACAAAGAUUCAAUGUGCUAUAGGAAAAGUGACCAACAAGAGCUUUUUGAUAUACCAACGCAUGCCACCGUCUGCGAACCAAACACUGGCUUUUAACGACCCUAACCUUCCUGAUGUUAUCUAUCAAGAUGCAUUUUACAGUAGAGAGACAGAUGUUCCAGAGCGGAAUCGUGAAUAUGCUGGCCGAGAGUAUCAUCUAGAGAGCAACACCCUGCCAUUUCUCCCCGAUUUCGACGCAGAAGGCCAAUCCUCUUCUAGCCAUGGAGUCAAACCAGACAAUGUCCAAGGGCGACAAGUGCUCGAGCAAGAACAGGCGCUGCAGCGUCACCACUGCACCUGGCGUAGCUGGGAAUAUAUUCAACCACCCCCGUCGAGACAGGAAGUGGCACAGUGGCUGAGCAUGCAGAGGCGACAGGAAGAAGCCAACAAGGCCGCCUCUCAACGAGUCUUUUCCACGCCCAGAGGUUGGCUGUCUCAAAUCGAUGGCCCGACGCAGAAGAACAAGCAUGGAUUCAAGUACACGCAAAGGGGCAAAUCAACAAGCGUCGAACAUGAAGUGCAAUACAUGAGCACCAUGAGCCUAGAAAUUCACGUCAAUACCCGAGGGAAAUAUGUCCCCAAUCCUGAAGAAGACGAGGUCCAAUGCAUAUUCUGGGCUUGCAAAUCUGACGAAGUGAUGAGAAUUAGCCAGAACUUGCCGGGUGCUGUCCAUACUGGGAUAAUAGUACUGUCUGUCGGCGGGAUGGCGAGGAAAUUCAUGCAUAACACUACACGAUCUGAGAUUAUUGAAGAAAGCUCUGAGCUGGACCUAAUCGUCCGUAUGAUAGAGAUCGUGAGAACGUUUGACCCAGAUGUUUUGACUGGGUAUGAAGUUCAUGGUAGUUCUUGGGGUUACUUGAUCGAACGAGCGAGGUGCAAAUAUGAUUACAAUUUAUGCGACGAGUUCUCGAGGAUGAAAAGCGACUCACAUGGACGGUUUGGCAAGCAAAGCGAUCGUUGGGGUUUCAAUACGACCUCGACCAUUCGCGUCACCGGCCGACACAUGAUCAACAUUUGGCGGGCCAUGCGUGGCGAGCUCAAUCUCCUCCAAUACACCUUUGAAAAUGUGGCUUGGCAUGUUCUUCAUCGUCGUGUUCCUCAUUAUUCUUGGAAGACGCUGACAUCCUGGUAUAAAAGUGGGAAGCCUAGUGAUAUUGUCAAAAUCGUCAGGUAUUAUCAAUCACGGGCUAUUAUGGAUAUUCAAAUCCUGGAAGCCAACGAGUUGAUACCCAGGACAAGUGAACAAGCUCGUCUGCUUGGUGUUGAUUUCUUUUCCGUGUUCUCACGGGGUUCACAGUUCAAAGUUGAGUCCAUCAUGUUUCGAAUUGCAAAACCAGAGAACUUUGUUUUCGUGUCCCCAAACCGGAAACAAGUUGGUAGCCAGAAUGCGUUGGAAUGCUUGCCUCUGGUUAUGGAGCCACAGAGUGCCUUUUACAGCAGCCCCCUUUUGGUGCUAGAUUUUCAGAGCUUGUAUCCCAGUGUUAUGAUUGCAUACAAUUACUGCUAUUCGACAUUUCUAGGGCGAAUCACGAAUUGGCGCGGUGCCAACAAGAUGGGUUUCACCGACUACAAGCGCCAGCAGGGCCUUCUCGCAUUGCUGAAAGACUACAUCAACAUUGCACCAAAUGGCAUGAUGUAUGUGAAGACUGAGAUUCGCAAGUCUCUUCUCGCCAAGAUGUUGACCGAGAUUUUGGAGACAAGAGUCAUGGUAAAGAGUGGUAUGAAGAACGACAAGGACGACAAGGUGCUGCAACAGCUUCUAAACAAUCGUCAACUGGCACUCAAGUUGUUGGCCAACGUCACAUACGGGUACACCUCUGCAUCGUUCUCCGGUAGGAUGCCUUGCUCUGAAAUAGCAGAUAGCAUCGUUCAGACAGGUCGAGAGACGCUUGAGCGUGCCACCGCUUUCAUUCACUCGGUCGAGCGUUGGGGAGCAGAGGUCGUCUACGGUGACACGGAUAGUUUGUUCGUCUACUUGAAAGGCAGAACGAGGGACCAAGCAUUUGACAUAGGCAACGAAAUUGCAAAAGCAAUCACAGACAUGAACCCACGGCCAGUCAAGCUAAAAUUUGAAAAGGUCUACCACCCUUGCGUGCUGCUGGCCAAAAAGCGAUACGUUGGAUACAAGUACGAAAGCAAAGAUCAAGUUACACCUGAAUUCGACGCCAAGGGUAUCGAGACUGUUCGCCGAGACGGCACCCCAGCCGAGCAAAAGAUUGAGGAGAAGGCUCUGAAACUGCUCUUUGAGACUGCUGAUCUGAGCAAGAUCAAGGAAUACUUCCAGAAGCAAUGUGACAAGAUUAUGCGAGGAGCGGUCUCUGUCCAAGACUUUUGCUUCGCAAGGGAAGUUCGAUUGGGGACAUAUUCCGAUAAAGGUCCACCACCAGCUGGUGCCCUAAUCAGCACCAAGAAGAUGCUCGAGGAUGCUAGGGCCGAGCCUCAAUACGGCGAACGGGUACCUUACGUUAUCAUCACAGGAGCACCUGGAGCACGGUUAAUCGACCGAAGUGUCGCGCCGGAAGACCUACUCACCAACCCGCACUGGCAACUAGAUGCAGAGUACUACAUCUCCAAGAAUCUGAUCCCUCCCCUGGAGCGUAUCUUCAACCUCGUCGGUGCCAACGUAAGGCAAUGGUACGACGAGAUGCCCAAAGUCCAGCGUAUCCACCAAGCUCACAAUCAGCCCGGGCUCAAGAAAAUGACACUAGAAUCAUAUAUGCGCUCAACACAUUGUCGCGUCUGCAACACCAAAUUCGCCGACGAGGGCCAAACUCUCUGUCCUGCAUGCCGAGAAAACCCAGCGGGAUCCCUCUUCACACUUCAAACGAGGCUGGGUGCGGAGGAACGCAGCUACCAGGACGUACUGAGCAUUUGUAGAACCUGCUCUGGUCUGAGUCCGCUGGAGGAUGUGCGUUGCGAUAGUAAAGACUGCCCCGUGUUUUGGACGAGGACGAAGCAAAGGACAAAGGUGGUAGGAAUGAGAGCCUCGACCGGACCAAUUAUACGGACACUGGCGGAUGACCAGGUUGAAUUAUCGAGUUUGGAAUGGUGA